AGCGGAUUUGCAGAGAGAAAUUUAGUAUCAACUGAACGCUCUCUGGCAUAGCUUUCACUUAUAAAUCCCAUAAUUUUACAAAUAAUUGUGUGUUUAUUUUUGAUCAGUUAAAUUAUCCGAUUUAACUGGCGCAAGAUGAAAAUUUUACUUGCAAUUGGUCUUAUUAUCAGCGCAGCAUCUGCAAUCGACGUAGUUUCGGUGGAUAUCCCCAGCGAAUUCCACCAGCGUGUCUCCAAAGGUGGUUUACCGGCGAUUGAACAGCUAAUCGAUCAGGGCGUUUAUCUUAACUCUAAUGGCAUGACUGAAAAAUAUAAUGGCAUGACUGCAUUAAGCUUGGCUGUAAAAAUGGGUUACGACGAAGUCGUUGAAUAUCUUGCCAAAAUUGGUGUCGAUUUAAAUCAGCCGAACGAUGACAAAUCGACGCCGCUUGAAAUCGCACUCGAACUUGAUAAUAUGAAAGUGGCAACAACUCUGGUUGAAUAUGGCUGCGAACUAAAAUUAAAUAAAAACGAAUGGAGAUUAAUCGCUCUUGGAUGCUUCGCACACAACGUGAGUGCAUCAGCCUUCGAGAAAUUUGAAAACCACGACAUUAAUAUAACAGCGCUAUGGAAAGAGGCUCUCAAAAAGGCUGUGCAAAAUAAUGAUCUUAAGGGAACAGAACAGUUAGUACAACAUUGUGGCAUUGACUUGAAACAAUUACGUGAUUCGUAUCCAUUACAUUGGGCAGCAGCAGGAAAUCAAGUGGAGUUGAUGAAAUUUUUAAUCGCACAUGGGUCAGAUGUUAAUGCAUCAGAUGGCUAUCCGGAAUGGAGACCUAUUCAUAUGGCGGCAUGGAGUGGUCACACUGAAGCCGUAAAAUUAUUGGCCAAUAGUGGAGCAGACUUAGAUGCUAAAAAUGUUUUCGGUUACACCGGUUUGAUGUUUGCAGCUUGGCACGGUUAUUUGAAAAUGGCACAGCUUUUGGUCGAGAACGGAGCCGACGUGAAUACUGAAGACACCAAUGGAGACACGGCUUGGAAUCACGCAUUGUUAAAUGGUCGUGAUGAAUUGGUCGAAUAUCUUUCAAAAUUCCGACAUGUUGAAAAAGAAAUCGCGAAGGACUCCUCUGAUGAAAAUAUCAAAAAUGAAUAUAUGAUUGUGAAUGCACCUGCCUCUUCCGACGAGAAAUUAGAAGAUAAAAUGGAAAUAGUUAAAAUCAUCAUUUUGAAAGACUUUAAAGGAGAAUCACCGAUUAAUAACGUAGUUGUUGAAGAAGGUUAUACUGGGAGAGCAAAAAGUUGGAAAGAGGCAAUAAAGAGAAAUCCUCUGCAUAUCUUCACUUUUCCAGAUGUAAUAUAAUUUCACAAUCUUUGAACUUUUCUUGGGCUUUUUUUACAACGUUUAUUCAACCAUAGACCUUGCAUAACAUUUAUAUUUAACACAUAAUCAUUUUUGACGAUAAUUUCAAUGAUCUUUUAAUGUACUGAAUAUAUAGAGAAAUAAAAAUGUGUCUUUUAA